UAUUUUUUACAAAGUCUCCAAUAUUCGCGAAUGUGAUGUGGGUUUAGACGACUUUCUGCUAAAGAUUUAGAUUUCUUGUUCAUAAAUUGUUUUAGGUGUGAAUCGUGCUUUAGGUCGUAGUUACCAUAUCUUCCUGUUGUAUUUGCGACCAAAAUCUCUUACAAUUAAUUAAGAACCGUCUUAAAAACAAUGUCUCUAUUUGGAGCGUUGAUGGCCGACGUGGAGGAUGAUCCGUUUUUUGGAUCCCAUAUGCGCCACAUGCGUCAGAUGAACAAUAUGAUGAACUCGUUAUUCUCCGAUCCUUUCGGGAUGCUGGGCGAGGGUCCGCUGGCCAUCAUGGGAGCUCGUCGCGGUAACGCGUUAAUGCCAUUCAUGCCACAGAUGCCUUCACUGAACAGACUAUUCACAGCAGAUUUGUCUGACGGUCAUAUGUCGAGCGGCAGUUCCUUCUCAAGCAGCACAGUGGUCAUGUCCAGCGGACUGAACGGCAACCCUCAGGUAUUCAGUUCUACGAGCAGCACCAAAAUAGGACCCAACGGUGUCAAGGAAACCCGGAAGACACUCCAGGACUCUCGCACCGGUGUGAAGAAGAUGUCUAUCGGUCAUCACAUCGGUCAGCGGGCGCACGUUGUUGAGAGGGAACAGAACGUGUACUCUGGUGAUGCUGAGGAGAGACAGGAGUUCAUAAACCUGGAGGAGGACGAGGCUGAGGAGUUUGACAGGGAGUUCCAGGAACGAGCUGGAAUGAUGCGUAACCGGAACCAUCGAGCUCUGACCCAAGCUCCUCACGGACACACCCAGCCCCGCCUGGCACUGCCGCCCGCACCCUCACACACACACCCACACGCCAACCGGCGACCGCACGCGCGCCGCCCUCUCCGCGCCGGCGCCAGUCCGCUCGCUCUGCCCUCUUCCAGAUAUUGGAGGAGGCGAUACCACUAACGUUUCGUAACAUUGUUUCGAGCGUCCGUGAAGUGUACAGCGGCUCUCACCCCCGCAGACACAAACACCACAGACACAGGCACGAGACCGACAACUAAAGACGUCCUAGACCAUAGACAAGACGGUGUUAGAAUAUGGAACGUUCAUUAUAUAUCGUCUAUAACAUUGAUGGGAUUAUUUUAUAUUGUGUAUUAUUUGAUUUCUCUCAAAAUUGCUAGCGCUCUUUUAUAUCGUGAUGCAUAUAACACGUUUAGUUUGUAAUUAUUUAAACUGUUACCUGCAGUCCGUGUGCUUACGAUAUUAUAUUAUGAUUGUCAGAAACAUAUUUAUGUCCAAAAUAUUUAUGUUAUCGAGACUUGAGUCUAAAGAAACUGCAGCUCACGACAUCGCUUUAUCUACCGACUCGUCGAGAGAUAGUGUUUGACGAUCGCCUCAUGCCUCGGACGACGCCGAUCUGCUCUAGAUAUAUGACAGUAUCUCAUUAGUUUAAGUUAGUUUUUACAAUAGAUAAGUCUCUCGUAGAUAAGAAGAAAAAACUACUGAGAUUUAUAAUAAAACAACGCUAUUUAGUGCAGAACAGAACUAACGUUUUUAUUUAAAGUAGUUUUGACGUUAACUAAACCAUCACAGAUGGCAGCACAAGUUCACAGAUAACAUUUUAGAUAUUACUUUUCUACACCCCCACUAUAUCUAACAAUGUUAUAUUGAUAAAAAUCAGUAUAAUGAACAAUUAUUAACUUUAACAUAUGUGCUGAACCCCCAACUUAUCCAAUAAAUAAUAAUGCUUAUUAGAGCACAAGCUCUUUGUAAGUAAGUCAGCUGGCAUCUCAGCUGAUGGUAAAUAUUUAACAUUCACAAUAUUAUUAUUUACA